AAUAAAAACAAGGUACAGAAAAUUGUCAAUUUCUUUAAUGAUGAAACACGUUUUUAUUUUCGUCGUAAACGCAGUGUCGAUAUUGUGCGUUUUUAGUUAUCCUGGUUAUCUCGCUAAUCUGCCUGUUAACGAAGUGCCAUUUUUGUGUAGAAAUGGCUCAAACGAGGAACACACAUAUAGUAUAAAAUAUAUAGGACAUGAAGUAUGUGUUGAUAAGAAGGUGAUAACGGGGAUAUUCCACGAAAGAAACAUCUUCGGCUCUCACUUUAGUUGGAACGAUCAGGACUGGACUAAACUUUGCCAGAUGGAUUCAGACGAUGACGGAAGGUCAAAUGGCGUAGAGAUGGGAGAUCCAAAUUGUGAAUGGACACCUAACUCAAAUGUUACACUAACCGCAGUUAGUCAUCCAGGCUAUUCCGAAAUUGCUGAAACCUCUAACAACGGUACGAAAUACGUUGGAGAAUGUUCUCGUGUAAACAUUAAUUGCUAAAAUAGUAGAUAUUAUUUUAUGCGUUUCUAAACGCUACCUCUC